AUGUUAUUAUUCGAGUCAGACAAGAAACAUAGCAAGCAAAAACGAUAUUCUGAAUUUCAAGCUAUCGUUCUAUGUGGUUACGGAAACAAGCUUUAUCCGCUUACCGAAGAUAAUAAUGUGCCUAAAGCUUUGCUUCCAGUAGCGAAUAAACCGAUGUUACACUAUGUUUUAGAUUGGUUGGAAAGGGCUGGAAUUACCGAUGUAAUAAUCAUCUCGGAAUCAAGUGGAGAAAAUAAAAUUGGUCAUUAUAUUAAGAAUGAUUAUGAAGGAAAAUUGAAACCAAGUUUAGAAAUAGUGAGAGAGGAUGUAGGAACUGCGGAUGCAUUGAGAACAAUUAAGGAUAAAAUUAGGAACGAUUUCAUCGUAAUAAGCUGUGAUUUGAUCCUUGAUUUACCUCCUCACCAAUUUUUGGAUUAUCAUCGUACUCAAGAACCUGCUUUUACAGCACUUUUUUAUGAACCUAAUAAGUCAGAGGGUGGUGGAGGAAGUGGUAGUAAUUGUAAGGACGAUGAUUUGAAACAAUUUGUCGGUAUUGACAUGAAUCGAUCACGUCUUUUAUAUGUUGCUUCCGGAGCGGAUUUGGAUGAAGAAUUUUCAUUGCGUAUGUCACUGUUAUGGAAGUUUCCACGCGUUAAUAUACAUACAAAUCUACAAGAUUCUCAUCUUUAUAUUUUUAAGAAAUGGGUAAUUGAUUUAAUUGCACAGAGAAAAUCAAUUUCUAGUGUUCGAGAACAUUUAGUCCCAUUACUUGUAAAAUGUCAAUAUCAAAAGAAAUUAUUAGAGAGGGAGGGAAUAGACAAUCUUGCCAAAUCACAAGUAAAUUAUCAGAAAACCUCUCUUGAAUAUUCUACUACGUGGGAUGAAGAGGAUGAGGAUUCGCCAGUUCGCUGUCAGGUUUACAUAUAUAAUACUGGAUUUUGCGGACGUGGAAAUACUGUAGCGAAAUAUUGUGACUUGAAUCGUUACAUGAUGAAAAUAAGCACAGAGACACGCGUUUCUCCGUCAGCGGAAGUGAAUGCCAAGACUCAAGUUGGAUCAGAUUCAAUUGUUGGUGAUGACACUAAAAUUGAUGAACGUACAUCUAUAAAACGUUCAACUAUUGGGUCACAUUGUAUUAUUGGCAAAAAUGUCAAGAUUUCAAAUUCUGUUUUAAUGGAUAAUAUUAUCGUCGAAGAUUUUGUUAAAUUGGAUGGAUGCGUUGUUUGUAACGGCGCCAAAAUAAUGGAAAAAACUGUAUUGAAAGACUGUGAAGUUGGUGGUGGUUAUGUUGUAAUAUCAGAAACACAAACCAAAAACGAACAACUUGUCGAUUUCCGAGAUUUGAGUUAA